AUGCUCCAAGAAAAACAACAGCAGCAAGAGAAACUCGCAAGACAGGCCGAGAAAGAGCUAAGCAGAGCGAGAGAAAAAUCUCCAAUUCGACCACAAAGCCCGCUGGCAGCUCCACUGGUGAAUGAACACCACCAUGAGCCCGAACGGCCAGCGUGCUCGGUACCUACAGGAGUCCGGGAAAAAAAGAUCGCCAAAUCUGAAAUAGAACUCAAAGAGUGGGGACUAAGCGAAAAACCGAUUGACGAGGAAAUCUCCAGCGAUUCAGACACAGAACUCAAAGAACCCAAACCCAAACCCAAGUUCAAAAAAAGAAAACCGAAAAACCAGCACAUAUAG